UUCCGCCGUCCUCUAUUGAUAUGGCGGAGAUGGAUGACGGAGACGAGUCGGGUUUGGUUCAUACACACAGUGCCGCAGGGUCAAAAUCUGGAGGCGACAAAAUGUUUUCCCUCAAAAAAUGGAAUGCUGUGGCAAUGUGGAGCUGGGACGUCGAGUGCGAUACCUGCGCAAUAUGUAGAGUGCAAGUUAUGGAUGCCUGUUUGCGUUGUCAAGCCGAGAAUAAGCAGGAGGACUGUGUCGUGGUGUGGGGAGAGUGCAAUCACUCGUUUCACAACUGCUGCAUGUCUCUGUGGGUGAAGCAGAACAACCGCUGUCCUUUAUGUCAACAAGACUGGGUGGUCCAGAGGAUCGGGAAGUAAUGCGGAAUGAGACACAACAGACUGUCCUGCCAUACCGCUUCCACGAAUCCUUUAAUCCCUAGGCACCAAGCGAAGUCGUGCCCCAGACACGGAACAUGGACUUGCCUAAGGCAGAUCACGUGUUCCAGUGUGCCCUUGUUGGGCAUCGGAGCUGCAUUUGUUCAGUGACUUCUUGUUUUUCUUUUGGGGCCUACAUGUAUGUAGAAGAUCAGAGACCUGUGUUUGUUCUGGAUGUCUGAAUAAUUUUUUUGUGCCCUGAGUAACAUGGUCGUAAAGUAUGUUCUAAUAAAAGUAUUGAAAUGUAAUUUUUUUC